GGCUGGAAGCAGUAUGUCGAUGCCCACGGCGCAGAGCGGGCGGACGGCACGCACUACGUGCGUGCAACUUAUGAUGCACGGUGAUCAAACCGAUAGUGACGAGGACAUGGGCUUCUGCGCGUUUUAUCCCGAUACAGCGUCGAAAGUCGUCCGUGAAGACGAAUAGGGAUAAACUGACGCUAAAUUCCAGUAUGAGAAUGAACAGAACAAGGGUCUUCGACUUCAUAUAUGUUCCAGGGGCUAAGGCCCCCCCGGUCUAUCUUUUUGAGGGGGGGGCCUCCCGCCCCUGACCCUUUUUCCUGAGGGACGGCCGGGCGGGAAGGCCUCCAAAAGCCCACCUCCGACCCCUUCCCGCUUCUUGCCUGGACGCUACAGGGCCCCCAUCCCUGUGGCCGUUCAAGCACCGAAGGCCGGGGGUGCAAGGCUUCCGGAGGUGGCAGAGGUGGCAAGGCUGGGCCCUCUUUGGCUUGUGGCGGCUUGUUGCGUGUGCCCUACAGACCUCCAGGGUGCGGGUUCCUCACUGGGGGAGUCUCUUGGGAGGUGAAAGGCCUCCGGGGGAAGCAGGUGGCAAGGCUUGACCCCUUUCGCCGUGCUGCAUGUAUCCGACAGAACCCAGGCGGGCACGCCUUGCCCCCACUCCUCCCCGCCUUUGGUCCUCAACCCCCCGCGCGUUUGGUGGUGGCGGACGAGGGCCAAAGGGGCCAGGCCUCGCGACCGUGGCCGCCUUCGGCGCCCUUCUUCCCCCGGAGGCCGUCCGCCUGAUAAGGUCCAAGAGCCGGGACGCCUGUCGGAUACACGCGGAGAACCGCCAGGGGCCUCCGCCUUGUGAGGCCUUGGCCCCCGGAGGUCCUUGCAUGUCACCACCGCGGGAAAAAGGGCGCGCGGACGCCGCCGCCGCUCCAUCUACAGGGGCCGCUGCAUAUUAAAAAUCUUCGUUAGUACGAAAAAACCAUAUUCUUCACGAUUCUCAAGAGCCGCACAUGCGCAAUGUUUAUUACCUUCAUUUUUACAUAGCAGAGCCGACUAAAGCCGCUAGAUUAUUUCUUCAGCGGAUUAGAUUAGUCCCAAUUCACAAUGCAUGAUACUACUUACAUAGUUAGACGAACGUCUCUUUCCUUAUCUAAAUCAACGGCGUCUAGAGAUGAUUAGUUGUCCUUGCCGAGAAGGAAUAUUUCCUGAUUGUUUUGAAUUUGAACAACAACAAAGUGAGAGUUUAGUAAACGUAUCUAUCAUGCACAGAAAGUGAUCAAUGGCACAACAGCAACUUGUCAUCGCAAAUAUACCUACAUCGCUAAAGCAAAGCGAUGAAUCUAGCAAAUGCAAGGAUGAACAGUAUUUCCUCGUACUAUAUCAAGACGAGAAGUUGUCGUCGUUUUCUUUUCUAGAAGAGACUGAAAGUAUUCCAACAUCAAGAAACGACCUUAUGAAAGCAUAUUCCAAGAAGAUAUUACAUAUAUCCCUUUGCUUCAAAAACCAUGACUACGCAACAUGCAUCACAUGUAACUAAGCUUGUACGUCCGCAUUCCAUAUUACCCACAUUCAGAUCAUACACCAAUUUGAACUCUGUACCACUAAGUUUGUGUUGUGGUAGAUCUAUCUUCUGCAUUUGUGCAAAGCGCCACGAGUGGAUUAUAAAGCUGCUUGUAUCAACGCAUCUAGUUGGUAUUCCAUGAAUUUCUUUCACCAAAGAUA